AUGCUUGACGAUAACAAGUUGAGCCAGAGCUGUUCUAAAAAAGCCAGGUCUCUUGACUCUCAGUAGUGACAAAUUAGAAGUUGGAACAAUCUUUUCAUGUAGAUCCAGAGAUGGCAUGUUUAUACAUCCAGGCCCAGAACAAUUGGGCCGAUACAAGUCAAACUAAAAGCCUUGACUAAACGGGCCUAGUGACACAAAAACUGAUAUUUUCAAAAGGAUCUGGUGAUAUGUUUAGAGUGGAAUAUAUCUAUCUAUUUACAAUAGAGUUGGAAGAGGCUCAGCACAAACCCACUAAGAACUAAGCCAAAAAUCAGAUCCGACUCAUUAAAUAAAAUGGUGACUGCACUAGACAAACGGUACUUGAUUAUAAAUAAAAGACGUCAGAUUAAAAGAUGGGGGACCGUCGGAAACGCACAGAAACGUAUAGAAAAGGAGAGAGCCAUAGCUUCUUCAAUCACCACAAAAGUCUUGGACGAGACCAGACACCAAAAAUAAAGAGAUAGUUGUCUGGACGAUAUGUAUAGACGAACACUUCUAGUUUUUGUAACUGAGCGAGCUUUUUGUUUAUUUCUGAUUAUUAAUACUAAAAUCUACGGAUUUUUAUUUUAUAAUUCUUCAUCACUGACAGGAUAUGCAAUCCACAAAUAGGAUAAAUGAAUUUAAAUAAUAAUCUGUUAUUUGUGAAGACAAAAGGUGAGAAAGAAAAGGACAAGAGAGAGUCAAUGUCUAUAACGACUGUUUGUGUCCGAUCCCAGUUCAUGUCUUUAUAUGUCUCCUCCUUACAAGGUCGCUUUACAAUUUACUCUCUUUGUUGUUUGAGCUUUCAUCACUCUUUAUCGUCUAUCUUUUCAAAUUAACUCCAUAACUGUGGGAAAACCCCUUAAAAUUCUUGAAGCGUGCGUCGUUUACUAUCUCUACAAUUCAAGAUUUUAUUUACAACUCUGUUAGAUAACAACAGGUUUAUUCCAGUUUGAUUCAUAUAAAUUACCUUGUAUUAAUUUUCUUUUCUCUAUGGUUUGACAAUUGACACCAUAACUAGGGACUUAAUCUAAUUACUCACGGAACUUAAAAACACUCAUGAGUACUUUUACCUAAACGCGAUCAAUUUGCCAGUACAAAGUUAACGCUGAGAAGAGACUACAGCAAAGUUCUUAAUGAUAAAAAAUAUUAUACUAAUGUUCUUGUAAUUAAAUACUUGGUCCUUUAAUCUACGGAUUUCUAAGUAUUAAUUUUUACUUGACAUUAUCAAAGUCCCAAGGAGUAUAUAAUUCUAAACUUGACGUACAAAACUAUAGAUUAUACUUAUUAGAAAAAUAUUAACAAUCUUCAAUUGGCACGCAUCAAAACGUAUGGUCAAACAUGAGGAGUAUUACAUGCAAAACCAAAUCUGACCGACUAAAGAAGACAUUCAGAGAUCAGAUUUCAGAUCCAUUGGUUUAUCUCUGUGACGAAAUUGCCCUCGUGACAUGCAAAUAUUACUGGAUGGACAUAAAUGGAGACGCACGUAAUAACUAUUGACAAGGAGAGUCCUAAUGUUGACCUACAAUAUAACAAUAUAUAAACAGACACUUCAAAAUUAACCAUGGUUAGUCGCACGUGUUAUGCCCUCUGGUCAAAUAUGUUUUCUCAUUGUUGAUUUCUUGUUAUCAAUUCUUGUUCAUAUUAAUGUUUAAAGUUUAGUAAUGUUUUAAAUUUGAACUGGAAUAGUAUUUUCGGAUUCACAUAAACAUUACUAUAAAAAGCUGACACAAAAUGGCAAAAGCUUAAUGAUAAAAUCACUGUCAAAAGUUGUUCAGAAAAAGGGAUAUCACUGUUAAAAUAUGUUUUUGCGUUUACUUUUAAAAAAAAAAAAAAACUUAACUGUCAAUCGCGUAGAGUUUGGCGAAUUUAUAUAAUAUAUUUCAUAAAUGUAAUAGAUCUUGAACUAUAUUAAGUUUAUAUGCACGUAGAUAAUUAGAUUUUUUUUUGACUAAUUUGAUAUUGAGUGUUUAUUUACAAUGGCGUAGAUCGAACUCUUCGUGAUAAUAGAGAAGCUAUCUCUUACGACAAGAAAAUACAAAGACACAUGCGGAAAUUUAUUGAGCCUUGCUAUCAUCGUAGUAUUGAUAUCUGGAAAUAUGGGGUCUAGUUAUAGUUUUACAAGAGAGAUUUUCGAAAUGUUUUCUUUUUUUAAUUUCUUUCUAUAUCAAAAGCAUUUAGUUCAUUCUUUAAUUUGCAAGUGAAGCAUACAUUUUAAUAUUAUUAUUUACUCAAAAAGCAAUUGUAAAAACAUGAGUAACUAACCAUAUACUAGAUGCCGGACAUUAUGCAACAUUUUUAAUUUACAUCGUUACUUAAAAAAUUGCUACUUAUUUACUCAAAAGUCUAAAGGCAAUUUAAAACUUGAGAAACGAACCAAAGUAAAAUACAGGGAACUGUGCAGCAUGUUUAAUAAAACAUCUGAAUAUAGUUGCUUAUAUUGGUUAGAGAAAGACUGUUUGGUAUCAAACCGAUCCGGAUUUGAACAAUGUGUGGAUGAUUCUAGUUAGUCUUCGCAUGUGUUGUGAAUUGAUUCCAAACCUAUCAAACAUAAAAUGACACUAAAAGCAAAAUGUUUCUUAAUAUAGAUGAAUACAAAAAGUAUAAAAUACCACAUUCUUUGAAAAUAUUGAACUAUUUCAGAUAAUCAAAAUAUAUAAUAGAAACAUAAUCAAAUAGUAGUAAAAAUGAAUAAUCUUGAAAUGCAAUGAUAAACGGCAAAUAAUCUUUUAAUGUCUAUUUUUGACAAAAAAAAAUCUUUUAAUGUCUAUUUAGAUAUCACUUUGAAAUAAAUGUUAGAUAGACUGCUUGUAUACUUAUUAUAAGCAGCAGAGAAGUAGUAUAUGGGUUUAUGAGUCGUGAGUCGUGACCAUACUGAUAAAUGCUGUAUUUUAGGCAGUCAUAAAAACGAAAGCAGGACUGUAUUUUUGUAAAUCGUGUUAUUACCCUUUGAACAGAGUGGUCUUAAUAACCAAUUAACCAUGGUCAGCGACAGCAAAUUGAUAACAUGGAUAUCAUCAACAAACUAUCGUGUUCCGUAAACAAUAAGAUAAAAAUUAAAUGAUAUUGGGAUUACCAAACGGUUAACAUUAGUAAAUUCAAAGAACAAUUAAUGGCUGAGUUAGAAAAUAAAAUUUGAAUAGUUAAGUAAUUAGAUGCUUCUAAUCAGAUUUCAAGGAGAUAUGUCGGAAGCACCGACGACACGUGCGGACCCGUCACGUGCGCGAUUUAACUCUACUCGUAUGUCGAUAUUUUUCGUUAUAUAUCAAAUUUUAUAAUAUUUUUUUUACACUCCGUAUUGUCGAUUUUUAUGCCCGGAAUCAAGGGUUUGACUUACCAAAUUGUUACCAUUUUUGGGGCGUAAUUUAAAUGAUUUAAAACAUUACAUUUUUUUAUUUUUAAUCUGAUUAAAAUCAUAACAUGUGAAUGAGUUAAUGAAAGUUGAAAAAAUAAAUGGCUUUUAUAUAUAUUUAUUUUAUUUUCCAGAAAGCCAAACCUUUCUCCUUCAUAUACACGAACCCUUUUCAUUUCCCUCUGUACAACAAAAGUGAACUCUUAUCCGAUUCUGAAGCAGAAACUUAGCUGCAGAAUCUUCAGAUUCUCAAGAAACCAAGAGAAGGGUUUUUUAGAACAGAAUCUUCAAGAACUUGUCUCAGAUCUACUACUACUGUUCAAGGGAUUAUUACAUUUGUUAGAAAUGAUAAAUGUAAUGGAUCCGAUGAAAAGCGGAUCAGAGAAAGGUUUAGAUCCACAGCUAUGGCAUGCAUGUGCUGGCGGCAUGGUCCGUAUGCCACCUAUGAACUCCAAAGUCUUCUACUUCCCUCAAGGACACGCCGAAAACGCUUACGACCACGUAGAUUUCAAGAACCUCCCUAUCCCUCCCAUGGUUCUAUGCCGUGUCUUGGCCAUCAAGUACAUGGCUGAUCCUGAAUCCGACGAGGUUUUCGCCAAACUGAGACUGAUCCCUUUAAAAGACGACGAUCACGACUACGGAGAUGGUCAAGAAGGUAAUGGUUUCGAGACUAACAGCGAGAAGACUCCUUCCUUUGCCAAGACUCUGACUCAGUCCGAUGCUAACAACGGUGGGGGAUUCUCAGUCCCGCGCUACUGCGCGGAAACGAUCUUCCCGAGGCUAGACUACAACGCUGAGCCGCCUGUUCAGACCAUUCUCGCCAAAGAUGUUCACGGAGAUGUAUGGAAGUUCAGACAUAUCUACAGAGGGACGCCGCGUCGGCAUCUCCUCACUACGGGGUGGAGUAACUUCGUGAACCAGAAGAAGCUUGUGGCGGGAGACUCCAUCGUCUUCAUGAGAGCUGAGAGUGGAGAUCUCUGCGUAGGGAUCAGGAGAGCUAAGAGAGGAGGGAUCGGUAAUGGACCUGAGUAUUCGCCUGGUUGGAACCCUAUCGGUGGAAGCUGCGGCUACUCUUCUCUUUUGAGAGAAGAUGAGAGUAAUAGUUUGAGGAGGAGUAACUGUUCUCUUGCCGAUAGAAAAGGAAAGGUGGCGGCUGAGUCUGUCAUAGAGGCCGCCACGCUUGCUAUUAAUGGAAGGGGCUUUGAGGUUGUGUACUAUCCUAGGGCUAGCACGUCUGAGUUUUGCGUCAAGGCGUUGGAUGCUAGGGCGGCGAUGCGGAUUCCUUGGUGCUCAGGUAUGAGGUUUAAAAUGGCGUUUGAGACAGAAGAUUCGUCGAGGAUUAGCUGGUUUAUGGGGACUGUGUCGGCUGUUAGUGUCUCUGAUCCUAUCCGUUGGCCUAACUCCCCUUGGCGGCUUCUACAGGUGGCUUGGGAUGAGCCGGACCUACUCCAAAACGUGAAGCGGGUUAACCCGUGGUUAGUCGAACUGGUAUCCAACGUACAUCCCAUCCCACUUACGUCGUUUUCGCCGCCGAGGAAGAAGAUGAGGCUUCCUCAGCAUCCGGAUUACAACAAUCUAAUCAACUCAAUCCCAGUACCUUCUUUCCCAAGCAACCCUCUCAUAAGAUCAAACCCGUUAAGCUCUGUUCUGGACAACGUUCCCGUGGGUUUACAGGGAGCCAGGCAUAAUGCUCAUCAGUACUACGGGUUAUCAUCUUCUGAUCUCCACCAUUACUACUUAAACAGACCACCUCCACCACCACAACCAUCAGCUCUCCCUCUUUCUCAGCCAUUAGGGUUGCGAAACAUCGAUAGCAGGAACGAGAAAGGGUUCUGUUUCUUGACCAUGGGGACAACACCGUGUAAUGAUGAUACAGAAUCUAAGAAGUCUCACAUUGUCUUGUUCGGGAAGCUGAUACUACCUGAGGAGCAGAUCUCAGAGAAAGGGUCAACGGAUACUGCAAACACGUCAGGCGGAUCGAAACUAUCUUCAUCUGAAGAAGGUUCACCUUGCUCCAACAAAGCUCAUGAUGCAGCAGGUUUGGAGACUGGGCACUGUAAAGUGUUUAUGGAGUCAGACGACGUGGGUCGAACGUUAGACCUGUCGGUUCUUGGCUCGUACGAGGAGCUGAGUAGGAAACUCUCUGACAUGUUUGGGAUUCAAAAGGCUGAGAUGUUGAGCUCUGUUCUCUAUAGGGAUGCGUCUGGUGCCAUCAAGUACGCAGGAAACGAACCUUUCAGUGAGUUCUUGAAGACAGCUCGGAGAUUGACGAUUGUGACUGAGCAAGGAAGCGAGAGCGUUGUAGUAUAGAUGGGUUGAGUGCUUUUGUUGGAGCUUGGAAGUCAAAGCUUUGGAGCUUGAAGCGUUUUUUAAUUUUAUUAUUUUAGUUCCACUAUUUUGAAUUUUCUGUAAUUUUCAAAAUACAGUCGCAAUCUAUUGGCAAAUAAAUAGAUUCAUCUUCCCUCUUUUUUUUUCAAGAUCACCAAUGUGUAUAUCUUUAAUUUUUUUGUAAGACCGUUUCAAAACAUCGAAUCAGCGACCUAGCUGAUCGAAUCAAAUUAUUAGUACCUAA